UGAAGGUUCAGGAGCGACGGACGGAUGAAUGAAACGGGAAAGAGCCUCAACUUUGCGCGUUUGUGAAGGGGUUGGCGCGGGAGGGACGCGCUCUCCUCGCUGCUGAUGUUCACGGGAGCUGACAGGCUCCUCCGAUGUCAGUCCGGCCGAGGAGCUCUGGGAUGAAGCGCGUCUCGGGGCUGCGCUGCUCAGCUCCGGUGCAGUAGCGUGUGAAAUAAUCGCCUGGUUGUUUUUUUUUGUUUUGUUUCGCCCGCCGCUUAGCUCCGAACACGUUGUCCUUUUGUGACCAAAUGUGCUGUGGUGGUGGUGGUGGUGGUUGUAGGGGGAGCUCACGUUUCUUGCUGUUUCUCGUUGGGACAUAAAAGGGAGGACCUGGGUUCAGCAUCGGGUCGGCUGAUCCUGCAUGGACAUUGUGUUCGCAUUGAUCGUCCAGGCCUCCGAGUCGCUCCGCCGGACGGCAUCGUAAGCGCACGGACCUCUGGCAAGAUGUCAAGGAUGCUCCGAGAGCAGGAGCGCAGACCGCAGCAUGACUGGCAGCACUGAGGCGCAGGACGCAGGAGAGGAGCGGGGCUGAGGGAACACUUGUCGCUGCUUCUCUGACAGACAUUCAAAAACAGGAUGGGACUUCUCCACAUUUGGGUUUCCUCGGCGUGACACCUGACUCCCCCAGUGUUUGCGUGUGUGUGUGUGUGUGUGCUCGCGCCGUUCUGGCUCCGAGCACGCCUGGACUCCGCAAGUUCGGGUGUGACCUGGAGCCCGAGUGGAUGCUGCAGCCCUGCCGGCUCGCAGGCCAGAUUACUGAGGGGUGCUGAUUGUUAUAGUGAGGGGAAAUCCCCGCUAGGAGCCCCACAGCUCGUCAUUACGCCAUGGAUGACUCGGGGAUAAUACGGCGCCGGAGGCUGCAGGAUUUGCCACUGCCUCGCAAAAACAGCAGUUGUCGUACGAGCAAUAGGAAGAGCCUGAUCCUGACCACCACGUCUCCCACGCUGCCUCGCCCGCACUCCCCUCUUCCCCUCCCGGGACACCUCGCAGGCAGCAGCCCCCUGGACAGCCCGCGAAACUUCUCCCCCAGCAACCCGGCACACUUCUCGUUCGCCUCCUCCAGAAGAGCGGACGGACGACGAUGGUCUUUAGCAUCUCUGCCCUCGUCUGGAUAUGGAACUAACACUCCAAGUUCAACGUCGUCCAGCUCGUCCCAGGAGCGACUGCACCAGCUGCCCUUCCAGCCCACCAUGGAUGAGCUCCACUUCUUAUCCAAGCACUUUGGCAGCACCGAGAGCAUCACGGAUGAUGACGGGGGCCGCUGCUCUCCCCACAUGCGCCCACGCUCCCGCAGUCUCAGCCCGGGACGUUCCUCCUCCUGCUAUGACAACGAGAUAGUCAUGAUGAACCAUGUGUACAAAGAGCGCUUUCCAAAGGCCACAGCGCAGAUGGAGGAGAGGCUGGCUGAGUUCAUCCAGGCUUUCUCUCCUGAAAAUGUUCUUCCGCUGGCUGAUGGAGUCCUCAGCUUUAUCCACCACCAGAUCGCUGAGCUUUCCAGAGACUGCCUGGCCAAAGCCCGCGAGGGCCUCAUCACUUCUGUCUACUUCUUUGAGUUGCAGGAGAAUCUGGAGAAGCUUUUCAAUGAUGCCUACGAGCGUUCCGAGAGCUCUGAAGUAGCCUUCGUCACAGAGUUGGCCAAGAAGCUCCUCUUCAUCAUCUCCCGACCUGCCAGGCUUCUGGAGUGUCUGGAGUUUAACCCGGAGGAGUUCUACCAUCUGCUGGAGGCGGCCGAGGACCACGCCAAGGAGGGUCACCUCAUGAAAACAGACAUUCCUCGUUACAUCAUCAGCCAGCUGGGGCUGACCAGAGAUCCUAUUGAAGAGAUGGUCAACCUCGACAGUUACGACAGCGAGGGGCCGCUGACGCCCGAAACAGACGACUCGACAGAGGGUAAGAUCAGAGCUAUGAAGCCGCCAGGAGAAGCCGACUUCCAGACCAUCAAGCUGAUCAGUAACGGAGCGUACGGCGCUGUGUACCUGGUGCGGCACCUAGACACCCGCCAGCGAUUCGCCAUGAAGAAGAUCAAUAAGCAGAAUCUGAUCCUGAGGAACCAAAUCCAGCAGGCCUUCGUGGAAAGAGACAUCCUCACCUUUGCGGAGAAUCCCUUCGUCGUCUCCAUGUUCUGCUCCUUCGAAACCCGCCGGCACCUCUGCAUGGUCAUGGAGUAUGUAGAAGGUGGAGACUGUGCCACUCUGCUGAAGAACAUCGGGGCUCUGCCUGUGGAAAUGGCGCGCAUGUACUUCGCAGAGACCGUCCUCGCACUGGAGUACUUACACAACUAUGGCAUUGUGCACCGCGACCUCAAGCCCGACAACCUCCUGAUUACCUCAAUGGGCCACAUCAAGCUCACGGACUUUGGCCUGUCCAAGAUGGGUCUGAUGAGCCUGACCACCAACUUGUAUGAAGGACACAUAGAGAAGGAUACCCGGGAGUUCUUGGAUAAACAGGUGUGUGGGACCCCUGAGUACAUUGCCCCGGAGGUUAUUCUUCGUCAAGGUUAUGGGAAGCCAGUGGACUGGUGGGCUAUGGGCAUCAUCCUGUAUGAGUUCCUGGUGGGCUGUGUGCCUUUCUUCGGAGACACACCGGAGGAGCUGUUCGGACAGGUCAUCACAGAUGACAUAGUGUGGCCAGAGGGGGACGAGGCUCUCCCUGUUGAUGCCCAGAACCUGAUCUCCUCCCUCCUGCAGACAAAUCCACUGGUUCGACUGGGCACAGGUGGUGCUUUUGAAGUGAAGCAGCACUCAUUCUUCACUGAGGUGAACUGGAACAGCCUGCUGAGACAGAAGGCGGAAUUCGUUCCUCACCUGGAGUCGGAGGAGGACACCAGUUAUUUUGACACCCGAUCCGAGCGCUACCACCACGUGCAGUCAUAUGAUGAGGACGAUACCAACGACGAUGAGCCCGUGGAGAUACAUCGCUUCUCCUCCUGCUCCCCUCGCUUCAGCAAGGUGUACAGCAGUAUGGAGCAUCUGUCACAGCUGGAGCAUAAACCCCAUGGCGUGACUCUACGGGAGCACAAGGUCCCCAGGGAGGAUCGAGUGGCCAAGAGAGAAAGCCUGGGUAGCCUCACCCUCAGGGACAAGAGCUGGAGGACUGGCUCGCCCGAGAUGAAGCGUUUGUCCUGCUCCGAGUCCUCCUUCAUGGAGAGUGACUCCAGUCCUCCGUCUGGGGCCCGAAGACGCUUCUCCGCCCUCAUGGACACACACCGCCUGGCCUCCCCUCUGGAAGUGGACUCUGAGCUGCCCGUCCCCACCAGGCAGCCUCCAGUGAAGGCCAGGGGGGCGUCCCUGGAGGGGGCAAUGGGGACCUCUCAAGGUGACCUGAGAGCAUUUCUCAAAGACAGCAACGGGAUCACAGCUGGAGACAAGCAUCUGAGGCCUGCUGAUGCGUCGUUGCCCCUACCAAGCAGCGCUACCGUUCUGGGGCUCCCAGACACACAGGGGCCUCGAGGGGCCACCACUGACCUGGUGCUGCGGAGGGUUCGCCACCAGCAGCUCUCAGCUGAAGGAGAGAAACGCAACUCGAGACCAGGAACCAAAGUUAUCAAAUCUGCCUCUGCCACUGCUUUAUCUGUCAUCAUUCCUGCAGUGGAGCAGCAUGGUGCCUCCCCUCUAGCGAGCCCCAUGUCUCCCCGCUCCCUCUCGUCCAACCCCUCCUCCCGCGACUCCUCCCCCAGCAGAGACUACUCCCCCAUGGUUAAUGUCCUGCACUCUCCAAUCACCAUCCACCGCUCUGGGAAGAAGUAUGGCUUCACUCUCCGAGCCAUCCGAGUGUACAUGGGAGACAGCGAUGUCUACAGCGUGCAUCACAUGGUUUGGCAUGUGGAGGACGGUGGUCCCGCUCAGGAGGCUGGACUUAAUGCUGGUGACCUCAUCACCCAUGUGAACGGGGAGUCAGUCCAUGGUCUGGUGCACACAGAGGUGGUGGAACUAAUCCUGAAGAGUGGGCACAAGGUUACAGUCACAACUACUCCAUUUGAGAACACCUCUAUCAAAGUGGGUCCUGCCCGGAAGUCCAGCUAUAAAGCCAAGAUGGCGCGGCGCAGCAAGAGGACAGGAGCCAAGGAGGGACAAGAUAAGAAGCGCAGCUCCUUGUUCAGGAAAAUCACCAAGCAGUCCAACCUGCUCCACACCAGCAGGAGCCUCUCCUCUUUGAACCGCUCGCUUUCGUCUGGAGACAGUCUCCCAGGCUCCCCCACCCACAGCCUCUCCGCCCGCUCACCCACCCAGAGUUAUCGCUCCACCAUAGAAUCCCCUUACCUGGGCACGUCCUCUCAGAGCAGCUCCCCAGCGUCCAGCACCCCGAACUCCCCGGCCGCCUCUCACCACAUGAGGCCCAGCUCCCUGCACGGCUUGUCUCCCAAACUCCACCGCCAGUACCGCUCUGCGCGCUGCAAAUCUGCCGGCAACAUCCCUUUGUCCCCCCUGGCUCACACCCCCUCCCCGACCACCUCCUCUCCCCCGCCUCUCACUGGCCACACAGUUGGUAGCUCCAACACCACGCAGAUAUUUCCUGCCAAGCUGCACUCCUCUCCUCCUGUCGCCCGCCCCCGUCCCAAAAGUGCAGAGCCACCCAGGUCGCCUCUCCUGCAGCGGGUGCAGUCGGCGGAGAAGCUCGGAGCGCCGAUGCUGCCUUCUUCCUCCUCGUCAUCGUCGUCGCCUUCUCCCCUGACAGGCGGGGUGUCAUUACGCAAGCAUAGCCUGGAGGUGGCUCAUGGAGACUACAGGAGAGAGUCUUUCCACUGCGAGCACAGCCUACAAAGUCUGUUAGAGAUGGAAGGAGAGAACGGGCCUGCUCCCCCGUCUCCGUCAUCAUCCUCCUCCCCCUCUCCUCCGAUGGGAGGGGAGAUCGGAGGCUUGAAGCCUGUCAGGAGGCUCGGAAGACAGGAGUCACCGCUCAGUCGCGACACGCUGGUCACUGUGAGAGAGAAACAUACUCAGACAACAGCGCCUGAGCCCGCUGAGAGCAUAGCAACUAAAGCUGAGACCAAGUCAAAUGUUGUUGAUGCGAGUAAAACAUUAUCAAGUGCUGAGGUGCUAAAGAAAAGCGCAAGUGAAGCUGCAGUGGAGACCAAGUCUAGUCCAGCACUUGUUUCAUCCACUGCAGAGGCCAAGCCUGGCCAAGCUGAGAAACCUCAAAGUGCAAGCAGCUCAACUUCUGAGGCAACAGUCACCAAGAGUAAACUCAGUGAGAAAAGCUCAACACCCAGUGCAUCGAAGGGCCUCCAGCAGCAAGACGGCAAGCAGCAGCAUUCACAGACAGACAGCGGACCGGCUGCUAAAGCUCAGGAGAAGACUGAGGAGAAAGCGAAAGGCACUUCAGGAACAGACAAAGGGGACAUGCAGAAAGUGUUGUCUUCAGAGCAAACCAAGCCACGGAAAGGCUCGGACACGGGAGAGAAAGGAGGCAUCGGUGGCAGUGAUAAAGCAACCGAGGCGACCAAGGUCAAAGGACCUGCGCCUCCGGUUCCCACCCAUGUUCAAAGCCACACUGCAGCUCAUGGCUCAGCUGCCAGAACCAAAGUGGAGAAGGUAACGCACAGUUACCGCGGGGCUAAAGAGGAGAGAGCCCACCUGGAGGUCCUGGAAGAGAAUCCCAUGUCGCCCUCGUCCAACGCAGCUUCGCCCUGCUCGAGCAAGUCCCGCCCAAUGUCUCCGGGCGACAAGGCCAGCUUUGUCACCCAGCUCACAAGCGUGGCCAAAACAGUGCUGGGGCCUAUGAAAGGGGCAUCACAGGAGGGGGCCAAGGUGAGAGACACCUCGAAGUCCAGCGAGGAGAAGCGAGGAGCAACAGUGGGAAAACCGGAGGCUUCCUCAGGGGGUGGACGUCGAGGUGCGCAGGCAGCGACCUCAGCGACAGUCCAGUCUGACAGGGGGAGCAGUCGGAGCUCCAAGCAUCAUUCGUGAUAAGAGGCCACGAGACAGAGCCAGACUCUCCCAUGUAAUGCCUUUUACUGUAGCAUCACACUGACAUAUCAUGAAUUAACUUUGAACGGCGCAGAGACGUGAAUGCCUGAUGAAAUAUCACCAAAAAGAUGACAUGUGACAUGUAGACACACGAGAUGUUAACAAAGAUGCAUCAGCCAUGUUGGAAAAUGUGUGCUCAUGGUAUCAUAAUGUAAGCCUGUGUAUGUACUGUGCGUCCAUCACGAUGUGUUGUAUAUAGAGAAAAAAAAAUGCAUAUGUCUUAAUGCAUGUCUGACACUGCACAUGGAAAAUGAGAGAAUAUUUAAAAAGAUGAAAAAAUAUAAAGCAGACCUUAAGGUGGUGAACACUGUGAACAACUUUUCAACCGACCGCGACGGGCAAACUGUUAACUAUGUGUAAACAGGGAGGCUUCUGUUAUAAACGGGCAUUACUCAGAUUUCAGAUCAGCUCCGGCGCCAUCGUUUAGUUCGGUUGAAAUUGUAAAAGAACAACUCAAACUGUAUUCCCUUAAAGUUCAGUUACUAAAAGAGUUCAGGCUUGAAGUGAGGAGGAUUAUAAAAGAAAAUACUGGAAUCCGGACCAAGAGAGCAAAAUGCCUGGAGAGUGAAUCAGCAGGUUUGCUUCAGAUCUGUUAAAGGGCUGAAUUUCAGUGGAAUUUGAAAGAGGUUGUAUAGACGAACUUGCACAGGGACGCUAUGCAAUGUGCUAAUAAUGCAACUUUUUUUUUGGUGUCCCCAACUACUAAGUUUACAUUGUGCUCCGUACGGGAAGAGAAGACAGAGGAAAGGGUUCGCAAUAAGCUGAAAAAAGAUGUUUCGUUUUCAUCAUUGUCUCCACUGAUCGUCGUGAAAUGUGCAAUGAUAAAUUUUAGGUUACUGAGUGAGUAUAUUGAGUGUGGUAAGGAGACAAAGUGCGUAAAGAACCAUUAUGAAAGUAGCACUUACAGGACAAUAGGCUGUCACUCAUUAUUUUCUAUUCAUGCACACGUGUGGUAUAUGGUGUAAUGUUACAUGUGAAGGAAAGUGCCAGUCUUUUAAUUUAAGUCUUUUUCUUCUUCUUCUUUUUUUUUUUUUACAAUUAAAUGUAAAAAUAUAUGCAAUCCAAUCCAACAGUGCCCAGUUCAAUUCAACUGAGCAUCUCCAUCAGUGAUAAAGUGGUAGUAUAAACACAAAGCCAGGAGUAAAUAUGAGCAUCUUAGUGGUGAGGUUGUUAGUUCUUGUGUGUUACAGAAAACUGAUCUUGAUAGUUUCGGGACACGAGGCUCAGACCUGUCUUACACUGCCACCCUGUGGACGACAUGUCAUGGCAACAAUAAAGUCCUGAGGUUCAAAGAAAAAUAGGUGUACAUCUUGCCAGGGGGUUAUUCCAUUCCACACAUUAUUAUUCUGAUGCAUCAUUCUUCUGUUGAUGAGUUUUGCAGUCUGACCUCAAAACAUCACAUCCAAUAGAGUAUAGUGGUCAUCAGACAUUAACCCAAUGUUUGGACAUUAAACAGAUGUGUUUUUGUUUGUGAUGUGAUGCAAAUUGCACUUUAUUUUGUGUCAAAUAUUUGUUUUGAUUUACUUGUCUUAUAUAUUUAUUUUGUCAAUUUUUCUAUUUGUUCUAUUUAUUACUUUUUUUUAUUUAUUCAAAUGGUUUUUUGUUUUUUUUUUUUUUGUUUUUUAUACAUGUUAUCGUUUAGGGACUUUCUGCUUUACUACUGAGAUUAGUUAUUUUUUAAAAAAAACCUGUACAUUUAGACGGAGAAAUCUACCAAAUCUGUGUGGCUACCCCAUCGUGUGCAGUUCUGAUGCUGUCAUUCCAUGAGUCUGGAGUUGUAAUAUUGCUGUCAUGUCCAUCUUUGUCCAAGUGUUUGACUUUUUUACAGCAGCAACUAUCUCUCGACUGUUGUUGUCCAUUGCAUUGCAUAUUUACUAGCCACUGUUGUGAGAAAAAAAGAAAACAAUGCAAAAAAGCCUAUAGUGCAGAAAUGUAAUAAAGUCCAGAGAAA